AUGCAUGUCGCUCUGGCAUUGAUCGUCCUAACAGCGGCCGCUUCUGUGGAGGCGGGGAUCGACGCCUCCACCUCGGCGCCGGGCGGCCUGAGCCCCUCCCAGACCCCGCAGUUUCACGACGAUGCCAUUACCGAGGGCACUUACAACGCAAUGACCGACGUCACAGGCGGGCGGGGCUCGCUGGAUUUGGGCCGCGGCAGCUGCCCCGCCCUGGCCACCUUCUUUACCACCACCUCGGGCACACGCUGCGACCUGGCUGUGGACCUGUACAACCAAGGUCACGAAAUCGCAGACCACACCAAGACUCACAAAUCGUUCCUGGAGCUGGAUGGCUCCGACCUGCGGCGGGAGAUUGUGGGGGCACGCGAGAAGCUGGCCGAGUGCGGCAUCCCGGAGCAGGAUGUGGUGGGCCUGCGGGCGCCGUACUUGGAGACCAAGCCCGAGGUCAGGGCCAUACUGCACGAAAACGGCUUCUUGUACGACAGUUCUCUGAUCGAGGACGGCACCGGCCGGUCGAUCACUUGGGGCAUGGACGGCAGGGUGUGGCCCUGGGACAUGGAGAACGGCAUCCCCAUUAACUGCGGCUGGUACAACAGUAUCCAGAAGUGCGAUGAGGACGAGUACUGGCCGGGGCUGUGGCAGGUGCCGGUGUGGGACUUGAGUGCGCUGGGCGGCCCUUACACCAUGGACUAUGGAGACGACGGCGACCACAGCGUGUUUGAUAUCCUCAAGGAGAACUUCGAUGCCGCCUACAACGGCAACCGCGCCCCGUUCCCCAUCUUCAUCCACACACCCUGGCUGAAGGACCACAAGGGCGACGUGCAGCAGUUUGCGGACUACGCCCUCAGCCAGCCCGACGUUUACUUCAUCACCAUCCGCCAGCUGCUGGCCUGGAUGAGCAACCCGAUCCCCGCAGAUCAGCUGACGCCCGCUGGGCUGGGCUGCGGCAGCCCCGGCGGGGCGGGUCCCUCCCCCACCGGGACAUACAUGGGCACUUACAGCAACAGCAACGGCACUGGCAGUGCGGCGCCUGCCCCCGCGCCCGCAACGGCGCCCACGCCUGAGCCCUCCGUGGCACCCACUCCGGCCCCUGGCGAGGCGGAGGAGGAGCUUGUGGAGGGCGCGCCUGAGGAGGAAGUGGAGGGGGAUGGCACCGUGGCACGCCGCAUGCUGCGCUGA